AGUUUAGUGUCUGAUCAUCAGAGGAGCUGCUGUCACCAACAGGGACAAUAAGAUGCAGAUGUCCCACAGACCUGUGCAGUGGCUCGCUGUCAUGCUUCUUGUCGUCUUCACAACCGGCCGGUGUCAACAGAACGAGAGCCGCCGAGCUGUGACUGAACACCAGCUGAUGCACGACCGCGGCCGAAACAUCCAGAGUCUCAAGAGACUCAUCUGGCUGUCCAGCGCCAUCGAGGGUCUCCACACUGCCCAGACUCGGUCUGCUGCUCUCAACCCCACAAAGGUCCUGAACCUGGCUCUGAAUCCAGCACUGGGCCCUGCUGCUGGAGGCCCUCAGCCCGCCCGGGUGCAGAGCCUCCUGAGAGACUUCUUUAAUCCUUACCUGACUCAACUGCCAGACCGAGAGCCCUAACACCACACAAACAUGAAACUACUGUACACAUACAUGAAAGAUAUUAUUUCUGUCCAUCGUUUGAACAAUAAAACACCUAAAAGCGAAAAAACAUCUUUAGUGCCAA